UACGUUUACUAGCUGUACGAGAGAUCAUAGUUUAAAAUGAGUUUAUUUAGCAGAGUAUUAGUAGUAAUAAGUGCUAUAAUUAAUGCCAUUAUAGAAGUGAUUAAAAACAUAUUUGGCAUAAGAAGGAGAUGUGAGAGUAAGACACGACUCGACCAUAAGGUGGUUGUCCUAACCGGUGGUAAUACAGGCAUUGGGAAGGAGACGGCCUAUCAGUUGACAUUACGUGGGGCUAAGGUAAUCAUUGGUUGUCGUGAUCUGACUAAAGGAAGGGAUGCCGUCCAACAUAUCCGCUCUUUGAACCCAAAGGCAAACAUCAGUUUCAUUCAAUUGGAUUUGUCUUCACUUUCAUCGGUGCGAGAGUUCGCCAAAUCAGUGGCACAACAAGAGUCCAGAAUCGAUAUCCUUAUAAAUAAUGCCGGAGUUAUGAUGUGUCCCGAGUUGGCCACCGAAGAUGGCUUUGAGAUGCAGUUCGGGACCAAUCAC